UUUUUUUUCAUUUCCUUUGUGCGCAGUUGGCAAGUCAUCGGGUAAUUGCAUUUUGUUUCAUACAUCUCUUAUAACUUUCAUUUUCGUAAACAAAAGUACAAGUGUCAGUGAAUUUUCUUCUCUAUCCAACAUUUACAAAUAAUACCGUUGCUUAUUUGGCAUUCAUACGUUUUGUUUGUUUAAAAAGUGGCGGAUAUGCAGAAAUAUAUCUGGCCAGUAUUUUUGCCAAUAUUAUUCUUGGCCUGCUCUCUGCCGAUUUUUCUGCGCGUCUACGCCGCUGCGCCGAUUGUAAUCGACGAGGAAUUUCAUUUACGGCAGGGUCUACAUUUUUGCCAUAAACGCUUCGAUGUGUGGGAUCCCAAAAUUACCACCUUUCCAGGUCUCUACCUCGUAUCGUUGAUACUCAUACCAUUUGGCACUUGCACGGAAUUCGGCUUGCGUUGCAUAUCGCUUGCAGCUGGUACAUUGAAUGUACUCUUGCUGUAUAAAAUAAGAAGGCGUUUACUUGGCGGCGCACAUGGACAGCUGGCAGCGUUAGAUGCUCUUACUUUGGGGGUUUUACCACCGCUAUACUUCUUCAGUCACCUGUACUACACAGAUACGAUAUCGUUAACGACAGUGCUGCUAUUUUACUACUAUUGGCAUAAGGAGUCACAUCUGCAAGCGGCAGUGUAUGCUGCUGCAAGUGUUUUAAUGCGACAAACGAAUGUAGUCUGGAUUGGUAUGUGCUUCGGCAUAACUGCACUGGAUAUAUUAACCGGCAAUUAUGCGCGCUCCAAAGGCCUUAAGAAACAGCAAGUGAAUUUCCUUUACCCAAAGACUCUUUUUGCCAUGCUCACCUCAUAUCGCUUACUGGCGCGCAGCAUUUGGCAAAUUUUGCGUAAAGGCUGUUACUAUCUCAUCAUUAUUUUACCUUUUGUAUUCUUCGUAUUUCUCAACGGUUCUAUUGUGAUUGGCGAUAAGCGUGCGCAUGAAGCUACCAUACACUUGCCGCAGUUAUUCUACUUCAGCGUGUUUGCGCUAGUUUUCGGCAUAUCCAACACACUACAUGAAUUUCGUGCAACACUGCGUUGGUUAUCACGAGAAAAACUAAUUCUGCUCUUUCUAUUCGGCCUGUGCGUGCUGGUUGUUAAAUGGAAUACGCUUGUACAUCCCUACUUAUUGGCUGACAAUCGUCACUACACCUUCUACAUAUGGAAUCGUUUUUACGGCCGCUUUGCUUGGUUCAAAUACGCUAUGGUGCCAAUAUAUAUUUUCGCCUUGGCGCUGCUACACUCUGGUCUACAGCACAUGCGUACAAGCUUUAAACUGAUGUUUUGGUUAGCAGUAUGUUUGAUGUUGUGCUUCCAACGUUUACUAGAGCUACGCUAUUUCCUCAUACCAUUCGUAUUGUAUCGUUUGCACACACAGCCGCUGAUUAAAAGUCGUUGGGCCGAAUGGCUGGAGCUAGUUUGCUACGUGCUGCUCAAUGCGCUUACAUUUUAUAUAUUUUUAACCAAAGAAAUCAUGUGGCAGAAUUUUAAGGAACCACAGCGUAUUAUUUGGUAAAGCAGCAGUACCAAUGGAUAGAAGUAAAAAUUAAAUAAAAUUGAACGAGAUAAAGUGUUGUUGGACUCAUUGUAGGAAAACUUUUCUGCUGCUGGUGUGACAGUGCGACAAUUUGUUUUGUAAAUUUUCUCAAAAUUACAGUUAUUUGUGCCACACAGCCGCUGGCAGACACUAGUUAAACAUUUCAGUACUUAAGAUUUUGUGCAUACUUCACAAUUUUAAGCCGAAAUAUUCCUAUUUUGCAUAUUUUUUACAUGACAUGUCUGUAUGUAUUUUAUUAAAAUAAAAUAGCCACAAAAUUA